AUGAUUGCAGAAAAGUCCUUGCAGAUAACGCAAUCCGUUUUUGUCCUGAGAGAUGGAGAGCGCAGAAGACGGUACCCUGAGCUCCACCCUGAAGGGCGUGGCCAACCGAAGGUGCCUCCGGGUGUGGCCGCUACCAGACGCCAGGCCCUGCACUCGGCAGCCUCAGCCUUAGCAAGUGAUCUCCUGGUUUCUGACCGCACGCUGGAUGAACUGAUGGAUCCUACAGCUGAAGGUCCAGUUCAGUUACCAGACGACUGCAAAGAGAUUUACUCUUUACUUGAGACACUCGAGGAGAUUCUGCAGGAUCUCCCUGAGACACGUGAGGCAAGAUCCCCAGCCGCACCGCAGCCACAGCUGUGUGUACCUCCAACUUUCGACACGAGUGCCCUCACGGGCCAACACGAGUCCGUUCAGAACCAGGCGAUGACUCCCUGGACGCCCACUUUGAUGGUUUCUGAGGGUCCUAACAUCCCUGGAACAGUCCUCGACCAGAACUUAACAACAUUACCUGUUAAAGCCCUUGAUAUAGUCCCUGGAGACCUAAGUGCUACUUUUUCCAUGGACCACACGGUGACCUCCUUUGAUCAGGGAAAGCCUGCAGCAGCCUCCUGGGUAACGGGUAUCAAUGACAACUCAAAGACAUCGUUCACUGAUUGCCAAAAGACAACCGUCACGGCAAACAACAUGACAAUCUCCAAUGAAAGUAGCCAGAUGAAGACCCUCAGUGAUGAAUGCAACCUUGAUAGAGCCCAGACAACCUUCAGUGGGAACCAGGCCCACUGUGGAGCCCAGGUGACCAUCAAUGGAGACCAGAGCCAUUACAGAGGCCAGAUGACCAUCACUGGGGACCAAACCCAUUCUAGAGGCCAGACGACCUUCGGUGGGAACCAGGCCCAUUAUGGAGGCCAGACAAUCUUCAGUGGGAACCAAGCCCAUUGUGGAGGCCAGACGACCUUCAGCGGGAACCAGGCCCAUUCUAGAGGCCAGAUGACCUUCAGCGGGAACCAGGCCCAUUAUGGAGGCCAGACAAUCUUCAGUGGGAACCAAGCCCAUUGUGGAGGCCAGACGACCUUCAGCGGGAACCAGGCCCAUUAUGGAGGCCAGACAAUCUUCAGUGGGAACCAAGCCCAUUGUGGAGGCCAGACGACCUUCAGCGGGAACCAGGCCCAUUGUGGAGGCCAGACGACCUUCAGUGGGAACCAGGCCCAUUAUGGAGGCCAGACAAUCUUCAGUGGGAACCAAGCCCAUUGUGGAGGCCAGACGACCUUCAGCGGGAACCAAGCCCAUUGUGGAGGCCAGACGACCUUCAGCGGGAACCAAGCCCAUUGUGGAGGCCAGACGACCUUCAGUGGGAACCAGGCCCAUUAUGGAGGCCAGACAAUCUUCAGUGGGAACCAGGCCCAUUAUGGAGGCCAGACAAUCUUCAGUGGGAACCAGGCCCAUUAUGGAGGCCAGACAACCUUCAGCGGGAACCAGGCCCAUUAUGGAGGCCAGACAAUCUUCAGUGGGAACCAAGCCCAUUGUGGAGGCCAGACGACCUUCAGCGGGAACCAAGCCCAUUAUGGAGGCCAGACGACCUUCAGCGGGAACCAGGCCCAUUAUGGAGACCAGACAAUCUUCAGUGGGAACCAGGCCCAUUGUGGAGGCCAGACGACCUUCAGUGGGAACCAGGCCCAUUAUGGAGACCAGACAAUCUUCAGUGGGAACCAGGCCCAUUGUGGAGGCCAGACGACCUUCAGUGGGAACCAGGCCCACUGUGGAGCCCAGGUGACCAUCAAUGGAGACCAGAGCCAUUACAGAGGCCAGAUGACCAUCACUGGGGACCAAACCCAUUCUAGAGGCCAGACGACCUUCAGUGGGAACCAGGCCCAUUAUGGAGGCCAGACAAUCUUCAGUGGGAACCAAGCCCAUUGUGGAGGCCAGACGACCUUCAGCGGGAACCAGGCCCAUUGUGGAGGCCAUAUAACAGCUUUUCAAGGGAGCGAUACAAUGACCUUCCUUAGUGACCAGACCUUUACUGGGGGCCAGGUGACAACACAUAGUGCUGACCAGACCCUCUAUGGGAGUCAGAUGGUGGCCCUUAAGAGAGACCUGAAGACACACUUCACUGAUGACCACAUUCUCUAUGGCAGCCACAUGAUGCCAUGUCAGUCGACAUCACUGCCAUACUCAGGAUUCCUGUACUUUUCAAGUUCCUGUUAUACCCAAGGACAGUCCCUAGAAAAGCAGAAGUCAAAACUUAAGACCCAGAGCUGUCAGUUCCCGAAGAGUCUUGGUGUUUUGAAGCCCCACACUUGCACAUACCAGGACUGUGGGAAAUCAUAUUCAAAGCAUUCCCACCUCCAAAUCCAUGAGCGCAAACACACUGGAGAGAAGCCCUACAAAUGCAAUGUGCAGGGAUGCACCUGGGAAUUCGCCCGUUCAGAUGAGCUCAGCAGACACAACAGAAAGCACAGUGGGGAGCGGCCCUACCUGUGUACUCUGUGCAACAAGAAUUUUGCAAGAUCUGAUCACCUAAAGCAGCACCAGAGAGUCCACCGCCUGUGA